AUGCCGAUGCGCAGGAUAACCUCUUGUUCUGGAAGAAAAACACUCUUUGGAUUUACAAUUAUUCUAGUCAUUGCACUGUACCUGAUAACUAGGGCAGCUGGUCGACUUACAACUGCCCCUAACAUCCAGUUGGAUCCGAAUGUCAGCAACCGAUCGUUCCCCGACGCUGCGAAUCUGACUCUUCAAGGAAAAGCUGCGCUACAAGAGCUAUCUUCCGAGGGACUUCAGGCGCCGCCCUCUCAAGUAACGUUUGUCUUUUCCAUUCUCAAGCAUACGCUCAGGAGUACUUUGCCUCUCAUAUCUCGACUUCAGUCGAUGGACUUCCGGAUACAUUUGCUUGUUCCUUCAAACCAGGCUACCGAAUUAGAGUACCUACUGGAUACACUUUUAAAUACGACGCAUAAUAUUCGUGUUUAUCCCAACACAAUCGAUAAUACUGGACCAGCACUGGAUAUACUUCACCAUGCGAAAGAUGUUAGAACACCGUGGAUUUGGGUCAUGCCAGACAGUAUCGGAAAUUUCUUACAAAAUAUAGAUACUUGGGUGGAUAGUGCGGUUUCGAAAGUCCCAAGAGUACAGGUCCCUGCUGGGAUGUAUGGAGCCCGCCUCACCAACUCAGAGAUUUCAUGCAUCUCGCCUACGGGCCGGACCGAACCAGUUGCCUUUGUUGUUCCCCCUUUCCUGGCGCCAACACACCUUCUUGUGGAAUCCGAGCCGGGGAUCUAUGCCGGCGCCCAAGCAAACGUUUGGGCUUCAUUGGGCGAAAGGAUAGCUCGUUUGACUAACUUUGGAAUGGGUGGCGUGGUUAUCGGCGACGCAUACAACUCUUCCAAGUGGUGUAAAUCAUCGUACAUGACUGGAUCUCAAGGCAUAAUGACCGUGUCAAAACAGGUGAUGGAUAAUCUUCGGGACCAGUUUCGUUCUGCGGCAUCGGGAAAAAUCCAGUUUGCAUUGUUCCUCUCCAGUCAGAUUAAUCUGAAGCGAAUUUCACCAACUGUUUGUCGAAUUCUGCAAAAUGGACACGACUUGGCUAUCACAGUCCGAGAACUCAAGAAUAAGGGCCGCGCUGGCCCGAGUGGACAGCAACACUCGAAUUACGGAUGUCAUUUUCAUUAUGAUGCUAUCGAGGACACCGGGAACGGACACGAUAAGGACUUUCUUGGUCUCAUCGAAUCCUGGUGCGACUCCAACUUUACGAAGGACAAGGUUCUCAUUAUAUCAAGAAGCGAAGAGCUCAAUAUUGGCCGAAUCUCCAAGAGCCAGAUAUGUGCCACUGCUGUGGUCUACUUGGAUGAUAGGGACCUCGAUAGUUCGGAAUGGCUUGCAAUGCUGACACCAGAGGAGUGGGAAGCCUGGGAUACACCUACGAUAGAACUGGCAGUUAUCACGCAUGAUAGGCCAUGGUCGCUCCAAAGACUGCUGAAUUCGAUGAGACAAGGACACUAUUAUGGAGAUACAAUCAACGUAGUAGUUAACCUCGAACAGACUGCGGAUCCCGAGACACGUCGUAUUGCAGAAGAGUUUACAAUGGGGGCUGUUCCGGGCCAUGUAUCUGUACGACAUCGAAUUGUGUAUGCCGGACUGAUGACAGCAGUAGUCGAGUCGUGGUAUCCUCACGGGAAUAAUUCAUAUGGUGUUAUAUUAGAAGAUGAUGUGGAGCUUUCCCCACUUUUUUACGCUUGGAUCAAAUUUGGCGUCCUGCGAUACCGUUAUGGCACACCGCCAAAGGAUGGACAGCAACUCUAUGGUAUUAGUUUAUAUCAACCAAAAGUUAGCGAAUUGCAUAUGCAAGGCCGUCGACCGUUCAACGCCAGUGAUGUGUUCGUUACUGCUAGCAUCGAACAUCCACAUACCCCCUAUCUUUCUCAAGUCCCAUGUAGCUGGGGUGCAGUGUAUUUUCCGGAACACUGGCGCGAAUUUCAACGAUAUCUGUCCCUUCGCCUUUCUGAGCACGUAAUUCCAACCACUGAGAUUGUCGUUCCGAACCUACGGUCCAACAAAUGGUCUCGUUCAUGGAAAAAGUUUUUCAAUGAAAUGGUGCACCUCCGGGGAUAUGUCUCACUUUACCCAAACUACGACCACUUUGUUUCGCUUUCUACUAAUCAUUUAGAAGCUGGGAGCAUGUACCGGCAAACAUUGGCCAAGAAAAGCAACGUCAUUGCCAAUCGUUACCCUGGGACUGAGCUUGGGGUCAAGAUUUUGGACCUGCCCUUGUCGAAUUUACCUAGUUGGUCCGAUUUGCCAGUACUCGAUCUCUGGGGCAACAUUUCUAGUUUGGAGAAGCUACGGAACAUUGGAUUAGAGCGCCGUAUAAAUAUGUCCAUUUGUCAACCGGACGAAGUGCAGACAAGCGCACUGGAAUUCCUAUGUCCGCCUAGGGACAUUCUACACUCAGAGGACUCUCCUAAGGCUCUGUAUGUGCCUUCGAUUGAGGACGAUGAUCCCGACUUGAUGCAGGGGUGA